AUGGGAUUCCAGGGCAUCCUGCAUCAAGCUGGUGGCCAGGGGAGAUUUCAGAUCUUUCAGAUGGUUUUCCUUCUUGUCACUAAUGUCAUAGUGCAAAUGCAUAUUCCAUUGGAGAGCUUCUCUGCCGCCAUCCCUGAUCAUCGCUGCUGGGUCCAUAUCCUUGACAAUGACACUAUCUCUGAUAAUGGCACUGGAAUCUUCAGCCCUAAUUCCCUCCUGAGAAUCUCCAUCCCACUCGACUUGAACCUGAAGCCAGAGAAGUGCCGUCGCUUCCUCCACCCCCAGUGGCAGCUCCUUCAUUGGAAUGAAACUUCCCUCAACACAAGUGAGCCAGACCCAGAGCCCUGUGUGGGCAGCUGGGUGUAUGAUAAAAGCACCUUCCCUUGUACCACUGUGACUAAGUGGGACCUGGUAUGUGAAUCUCAGUCACUGAAAUCAGUGGCCCAGUUCCUAUUCAUGUUUGGAAUGCUGAUGGGAGGACUUAUAUAUGCUUUUUAA